UUCAAUACUCAUCCUUAUGGGCAAGCUUGAAAAUUAAAAUUCCUCACGAAUCAUACAAUCAUAAUCCAAUUUUAAAACAUCUUUUGCCCGUUGUUCCUUUACGCACUCUCUCCAUGGUGAUGCACCGACCACAUCUCAGCCUUGGCAUAUAACCUCUUUACGUUAAAUCUACACCAAUGAAUGAAUGAAUUGCCGUCGGCCGCCUCACCACCUUUCAACCCCUAAUACUUCACCUACACCGUCCCAUUCCGCUUCUGCACUCCGUCAAAUUUUUCUCUGCCAGCAUGUGCCACUGCUUCAUCUCCCUACCAUAUAUAUACCAGCUAUCAGUUGCACCCUCUCUCUCUCUCUCUCUCUCUCUCUCUGCCCCGUCCCUACUUACCAAACCCCAUAAUCCAAUAUUCAAGAGCGAUGGGGAAGAACGGCCUUCAGAAAUCUCUCCAAACCUAUCUGUCCAAGCUCAGCAAGGUUCCGUCUCAUCUACACACUCCGAAUUCCCCAAAACCGGCCGCCGCCAGUUGGCUGCUGUCAGCGUGCAAGUAUCCCAGGACCCCUUCCUUCGCCGUCGACCGCGACCUCCCCGACCACAGCGCCCGCGAUCCCUCCGCCACCCUAUCCGACGACGACUGCUUCCAAUACGAGAAGUUCCACUCCCUCUACUCGCGCGAGGACGCGGGUGACGACUUCACCUCCGAGUCGCCGAGGUACGACGAGGACCCUGCCCCCACCGCGUUCCGCCCGACGGAGCGCUUCUUCGUAUCACCCGCCACGUCCAACUCCCUUCUCCGAGAUCCUAGACCAAGCGCCGCCGCCUCGUCUUCCUCGCCGUCGUGCUCCUUCUCCUCCUGUACGUCGGAUCCCAGGCCGGCGAUCCCGGGCGGCGGGGUGGCGGUAAUGACGUACUCCAAGGACCCCUACGACGACUUCCGUCGGUCCAUGCAGGACAUGGUGGAGGCGCGGCACCUGGACCCCAACCGGGCGUCGGACUGGGAUUUCAUGGAGGAGCUCCUCUUCUGCUACCUGGAACUCAACGACCGAAACGUGCACAAGGACAUCCUGAGGGCCUUCACUGAUGUCAUCGUCAGCGUCCGCCGGCGGGACAUGGCGUUGCGUCGAAGAGCACCGGGGGGGUAACAAGGGGAGGGGGAAUAGUAGAUCAGGCGAGGGGAUGGCGCCACGUUAUUCUCCGGCAGUCGGUUGAUGCACAUGGGAAUUAAUACGUCAGAGAGAGGAUGGCCUUAAACGGCGGCGUAGAAAAUGGUGAAGCCAUAAAUUUCCGGCGGUAGAUAGAAUAUGUUAUCAUCAACCGCGGGUUGCCUAAGCUUCAGACCGUGGAGGAGGGGGACAUUGCAACGCAACUUACGUGAGGCUCACAUGCACAAGUAAGAUGUAUACCUUCUGUCCUGCGUUUAUUAUGGUCACAAAGGAGUUGGUGGGGGCGGCUUCUGGGAUUUGAUUUGAGAA